AUGGACAUGGUCAAUAGCUUUUUUGGAAGACGAUCCUCUGCUGGUACUGGCAGUAGUGGAGGAGACGCCUCUGGAAGUGCCAAUGUCCCAAAUCCUGCAGCGGCAGCUUCAUCGUCCCACGUGGAUUAUGGCUAUGGCGAAAUUUCACACAAUCCCAGCAGUGCCAGCAGUGACAGUGAUUGGCCCGAUGACAUGUCCGAUAAGGAAAGUCUACAGAGUUGGGCCAAGGAUACACAAAAACAAGAGGAGGAAGAUGAUGAAGAUCUUUUUGGUACCAAAGAAGAGCAUAAUUUGAAACGGUGGUUCAUUGUCGUGACCGUGUUGCUACUCUUUCUCGCUAUUGGGGUUUCCGUAUUUACGUAUUGGUACCUGUCCACACAAGAGCAGGAUACGUUCGAACGAGCUUUUGAAAACACGGCGCAAGCCAUUGUGGAUGGGGCUGAUUAUCGCAUGAAAGUGAUUGAAAGAUCCCUCUUGGGAAAAUCCCAAGCAUUGACUACAUUUGCAGUUUUCACAGGCUCUCUGUGGCCCUUCGUGUCCAUGCCAGACUUUUACGUGUCGGGGAGAAACUUUUUGAUCGAAACAGAGACACAAAUGAUAGCAUGGGCACCCCUGGUGACAAACCAACCGGACCUACGGGCGUGGGAGGCCUAUUCCACCUACAUGCUGGAAAACUCGGGAUGGUUCCCUCCUGUCGAAGUAGAAGAACGACUCGAAAAACAAGCCGAACGCCUGGAAGAACAGGCCAAACAACAACGACAACACGAGGGACGAAGCACCGAAACACCGCCACCCGACUUGGAAUUCUCUGAUGCGGGGGGACUCUACGUUCCCCUGUGGCAAGUAUCACCUUGGCUCUACAAUGCAUUGAUCAAUCACAAUCUGACGGCACAGUUUGAAGAUUCCAUGACAUUGUUGCUGAGAACGAAACAACCCGUAUGGACACGGUUUGUGGACAUUAACAAUCCGUACUCAUCCACCACUGGUGAUAUUGACGAACCAAUCUCCGUGUACGAAGUCAAUCAGCCUCAACAAGAAGAACCCAAAGCCGCGACGAAUGAAACAGUAGUGGCAAGCUUCUUGUUCCAGCCCGUUUUCAAGGCUUUACGGAAUCAUGAUGUGAGCUAUGAGGCAACAACUAACAUAACUACGGAUCAGGAAGAGAUUGUCGCAAUUUACUUGACAGCCGUCCAAUGGGAUUCUUUCUUGGGCUCACUUGUCCCAGAAGGAACUCCGGGAGUGAGCAUCGUUCUCACCAAUCAAUGGGGACAAACUCUUACUUAUCAAGUCUCUACAGACAACGAAGGUCGCGUCACCGCAUCCACUACAUUGGUUGGGUCCGGUGAUCAACACUCGUCUGACUAUGAUGAUCUUUCAAAAACAACAAACCUUGCGAAGAAUACAAUGGAAGAGAGUAUCCUUGUAAAUGAACUCGUCCCUUCCGUUGCCAAAGUGGUAAGCCCCCGCCAUCCCCACACUGUAGAGGAAUUGCAAGCCAAGGAUUACCCAGAGACGCAUCCACUCAUGAUCGAAGCACGGCAGUCCUUGCAACAAGAGACGGCAGAAGAAUUCGCAUAUUCGGGAAACUUGAAAAUGACAAUAUAUCCCACGGCCGACUUUGAGAAUGCCUAUACGUCGAUGCAACCCUUGACAAUGACUCUGAUAUUGGCGGCGCUGGGAUGUUUGGGCACUGUUUCUUUCUACUUGUACUCCCAAUCGGUGCACAAUCGACAACAAAAACUUGUGGAGACGGCCAAUCGAACUGCCUUGGUGGUCAAAUCGCUCUUUCCAAGCAAUGUCCGCGACAGAAUCAUGAAAGAAGCAGAAGAAGUGGAACAAAAGAAUCAGGCAAAGAAGAAGAAAGCCCAACAGAAACAACUGGAUGGAAGCAACAGUGAGCGAGGACCAGGUGGUAGUACAGCUGGCAGUAUGGGGCAUGGUGGGGUUGUCAGUGGUGGGUCGAUCCUCGGUGGACUGAGUGUAGGGAGUGCUGGAUCCCGACAUUCACGGAGUUCUCGCCGAUACGCUCCCGGUAGUCUGGAUGACAGUCGAAGCCGCGAAUUUACAGUGCCACAACGAAACAGCAGCAUGGGAGCGAGUAACCCGUAUGGAAGUGCUCCCAUUGCAGACCACUUCAAUGCAACGACGGUGCUUUUCGCUGACAUGGUCGGCUUCACAGCUUGGAGCUCUGUGCGGGAACCCGUCCAGGUGUUCACACUGUUGGAGACGAUUUACCAUGCUUUCGACAAGGUGGCUAGAAAGAGGGGUAUUUUCAAAGUUGAGACAAUUGGAGAUUGUUACGUGGCUGUUUGUGGGCUCCCAGUUCCACGCCCGGAUCACGCGAUUGCCAUGGCAUAUUUCGCGAAUGAUUGCCUCCGCAAAAUGAUUACUCUUACAAAGAAGCUGGAGAUUACCCUUGGACCAGACACAGGAGAUUUGUCUUUGAGAAUUGGUCUACAUUCGGGUCCUGUAACAGCUGGUGUUCUGCGUGGCGAGAAGUCUCGGUUUCAACUCUUUGGUGACACUGUAAACACUGCGUCACGAAUGGAAUCCAACGGGAGAAAGGAUUGCAUUCAUAUUUCAGAAGCGACAGCGACGCUUCUAAUGGAGUCGGGGAAACAGCGGUGGCUUAGUCAGAGAAGAGAUAAAAUUGUGGCAAAAGGGAAAGGGGAAAUGGUAACUUACUGGCUGGAGGUUAGAUCUUCACUGUCAAAUUACAUUGAAAGCUCCAGCCGCAGGAGAGCAAGUGGAGCCAGUGGCGAGUCUGGAGGAACUGGGGGAACCGGAGGAACUGAUGACGAUGUCGACGGAAGCAGCAUGGGAGAUUCAAACUCAGACCUGGAACCAAAGAUGCCUGAUUGGGAGAAGGAUGUAUCUUUGAAAGGAUCAUCCCCGCAGCUUGGGGAUAGGUUUCAGCGUCUGGUGGACUGGAACGUGGAACAACUCGUCAAUUUACUGAAGAAAGUGGUGGCCAACCGGAAACCAAAUGAAGAUGCUGUAAAGGGUUCACACUUCGACCUCAGAACAGACUCGUCGAUUCUGGAGGAGGUCACCGAGGUAAUCCCUUUUCCCAAACCAAAUAUUGCGGACAUCCUCGUUGGCGAUACACAGCCCAAGCAGGACGUUGAGCUGGAUUCAGCAGCAGUUGCCCAACUACAUGAGUUUCUUACUACCAUUGCAAUGCUCUACAAUGAUAAUUCGUUUCACAACUUUGCUCACGCGAGCCAUGUGGCCAUGGCGCUCAUCACCUGGUUAUCGCGCAUCACACCACUUCCGUCUGAUGGAGAUACGGAAAAUAUGUACGAGGCCAAGCUGACUGGUGAUUGGAAACGACGGUCAAACCCAUGCAAGGAUAUGUUUGCAUUGCAAGCAGAUCCUUUGACGCAUUUCGCCCUUAUCUUCGCUGCCCUCAUACACGACCUAGAUCAUACGGGGGUCCCAAACGCAACUCUUGUCAAAGAGAAGUCUCAAAUUGCAACACUGUACAACAACACCAGCAUUCACGAACAAGCCUCUGUGGACUCGGCAUUCGAAACACUGAUGGAUGACAAGUAUGAACAGUUACGAGACGUUCUCUUCACAACCGAAGAGGAGUUCUAUCGUUUUCGUCAAAUCGUGAUGAAUUCGGUAAUGGCCACAGACAUUUUGGAUGAGAAGAUCAUGGCAAAGCAAUCAGUGCGAUGGGGUUGUUUAUUUCGCGAUGCAGACGAUGAGGAAGACGAUGCAGUCUUCGCGGACGAUUAUGCACCUGAGAAUGAAGGAGACCAAAAAGCGUCCCUGGUUGUCGAACGGUUACUUCUGGUUUCCGACAUUGCACACACUAUGCAGCACUGGUAUGUUUACAGAAAAUGGAACUCAAAACUGUUCGAAGAGGCAUACUUUGCCUUCAAGGCUGGCCGAGCCGAUAUAGACCCGUCAAUUACGUGGUAUGAGGACGAGAUCACGUUUUUCGAUACGUAUGUGAUCCCACUGGCCACCAAAAUGAGGGAGUGUGAGCUGUUCGACUCGUCUUGCGAAGAGGGUAUCCGGUAUGCAACAAGCAACCGCGAACAAUGGGUGACCACUGGAGCAGAGGAAGUUGCCUCCAUGGUGGAGAGCUGCAAUGAAAUAGAAUUCGAGGUGGAAGACACUUAUAACCCGAUACCCGACGGCAGAAUAUUUGCUCCAUCAAACGGCCGGCCAAGCCUGAGAGGGUCUUUCAAGAAGGGCAUGGAUAUGUCCUUGGCCACUUUUGACACUGUUUUGGGACAGGGCGGGAGGGGUGGGAGGUAA